AUGGCUGCCGAGCACAUUCGCUGCUGGCUUCUGAUACUGGCCUCGGUCAUCACCACUACCGCGGCCGCGAGACGCGGUGCUCCCCUCGCCGCCAACUGGAGGCCCGCCGAGCCCACCGGCACCAACGCCCCCGAUGGCCUGACUCACCUUCGCGUCUCGCACCGGCCAACAGACGCGCCCCGCCUCGCGUCAUGGCAGGACUUGAGACGCGGCGUCGAGGUCGGCACAAACACCUGUGGCUUCUUCACUGACGAGGGCACUCCCCACCGAACGUCAUCUAACGAGCCUCGAUCAGGUUCCCCCAUGAUAUGCAAGCGCGGGUACACGUGCACCAACAUCGGCAACUACCGCGACUGCUGCGUCGGCGACGACUGCACGACUUCGACCUUUGCCACUGCCUGUGUCGACUUCGACGACCCGACGUGCUCGAAUCCGGCCGAUGGCACGGAAUGCUGCGCAUCCACAGACGGACGCCCCUACUAUUGCAUCACGUACCUCUGGUCGACGACGGCAACGACCAGCAAAACCUUCACCCUGUUCAACUGCGAGGCCAGGAAGUUCUCCAACGCCCCCCAGGUCCUCCUCGCCGAGCCGCUCAAUUCAACGUCAUCAUCAGGCCCCACAACCGUGCGACCAGCAAACUCGGUCUCGCCCUCGACGACGACGAAGACGGUCGUCGGCUCCUCCAGCUCGGCUCCUCCAACAGACGCCGCCGCAAACGCGUAUUCGGAAGGUGGGAGCAGCGGCGCCCCCGUCGGCGCCAUUGUCGGCGGCGUUGUGGGCGGGCUCGCCGUGAUCGGGCUCGUGGUCCUGGGGAUAUUCUACAUGGUGAUCCGCAACCGGAGAGCAAACGGUUCCGGCUCGGCGGGAGGAGCCGGCGAGCCCGAGGGAGGGCCGGGCGGUGCGGGAGGCCCAGGCCAGGCAGGGAGCGCCAUGUCGAGCUCCAACGCGCCGCUGCUCAGCUCGGGUCUGAGCAGCUCCAGCGGCGGCCCUUCGCCGUCGUCGGCGACGCUCGUCGGGAGCACCGGCCUGCGCAGCCCAGAGGACCUCCAGGGACUGGGGGCGCUGAUCCCGUCGGGCCGCCCGCGAGAGAAGAUGUCCCCGGUUGAGCUCGUCACCACCCCGACCUACAGCGAGCUGCCCACGCAGGAUAACAAGGCGGAGCUGCCCGCGUGA